ACAGCGUGCGCGUACACGUGGAGUGCGCGCCGCCGUUCCUGCGGAAUUCAGGAGGCAGAGGUUGGACUCCGAAAGGCUCCUACCUAGAAAAUAAUGAACAACAAAUUUGACGCGUGAGUAAUUAAAAGUUUCUGUGGAUUAUCAACCCGAGAGUGGACUUCUCGCCGUGACUGCAUAUACACGGGGGGCGUUAGCAUUAAUGAAGACUGUUGCGUGUUAGAAGAGAGGUGUGUCAGCUCUAUUGCAUGGUCCUGCAUGCUCUGUGUACUAUUAUAAACCCACAUGGGAGCAAGGUCUACAAAUAUCUUUGCAUGUGAACCGAAAGGGUGUAGAACCACAGACUGCAUAGUAUUUCAUUACGAGAAAAUGCUGUGUUGCAGGAUGUAGCUUAGCUUAGCGGACAGGCUGACAGGCCCAGAAUCCUCGGUGUGUUAGUUUUCGAGAGGCCGAGGGAGGUGUGUCCUAUCUGGGCUUUAACUGGAAAACCAUGGCCCUAAAGUAGAGGCGGAUACCCCGGGGUGUCCUGUGGUAUUUUUACGGCUAAAGUUGUUGACGUGGAGGUUUUCAUAUGUGCAUCAUUAAAAGGUUUUGUAUUAGCCUCUUACAUAGUAAAAUAGUUGAUAUUUUCCAGGUUUUCCUCGCGUGAGCUAUAAGGAAAUACAGCCACUCAUCUAAUCGCCAUUAAAGUUUUCAUGUGGAAAUUUGCUCAAACAUACAUCCUCUAACCCAUUUACGCCCUUAUAUAGUAAGGAAAACCUGAUAAAGAAAACUAAAAUCGCCAAAAAGUUCUUGAAGUUGACUAAGAUCCUUAUUACACCUUUACUUUUAAAAAGUAUGUAAUUAUUGCGUUAUAUCAGCCAUCACAAAGAUUAACCUAACUGUCAAAAGUCCAAUGUAAGUGUAUUUGGUGUCACUGCAUAACAUGGAUGUUUCACUACUUGUUUUCUUACAAUCCAGUCUGAAAGAUGAUGACAGUGGAGACCAUGACCAGGACCAAGGCUCACCGAAAGACAGUGAGAAGGAAAAAAUUGAAGACGAGGACAAGGAACAGAACACAUCCAAGAAGAAGGCAAGCUUAUUGAAGAGUGACUCAUGUUUGAAGGGUGAAACUCAAUUAUAAGACUUAGUCAUUGUCUUGUUUUCUGCAGAUGGUGGUGCCAGGGGCAGGAGAGCACCCUCUUCAAUACAACUACACCUUCUGGUACUCAAGACGCACCCCAGGAAGACCAGCCAGCACUCAGAGCUAUGAGCAGAAUAUUAAACAAAUUGGCAGCUUCGCCUCAGUAUGUUGAUCUACAUGAUGUUUGUACUGGUGUAUAGUAGAAAAGGAGGGGUACUUGCUCACUCACCUCAGCCAGACACACCUAUAAUCUAUGUCCAUGUCUGAUCCUGUCGCUGUUGUUAUUUAAACUUUUCUUGUCUUUUUUUUUUUUAAGGUGGAACAGUUCUGGCGUUUCUAUAGCCACAUGAUACGGCCAGGCGACCUUACAGGCCAUAGUGACUUCCACCUUUUCAAAGAGGGUAUUAAACCCAUGUGGGAGGUGGGUACUCUUGUGUCAUUGGACCUGUUUACUCCUCUUAAAAAAAACAAAAAAAUCUUACUCUGAAACCCUAAAAUUGUUAUUUCAGGAUGAUGCCAAUAAGAUGGGUGGGAAGUGGAUCAUACGUCUGAGGAAAGGCCUAGCAUCUCGGUGCUGGGAGAACCUGAUCCUGGCCAUGCUUGGGGAGCAGUUCAUGGUUGGGGAGGAGAUCUGCGGGGCUGUGGUAUCUGUACGUUUUCAGGUAAUACCACAUACACUUUUUAUUUUUAUUUUUAUUUAUUUAUUUUUUUUUUACCACAGCCAUGCACUGCUGUCUUUGUUAUUCUCAGACAUGCUUGUUUUUUAUUUGACUUAUCCAGGAGGACAUCAUCUCUAUAUGGAAUAAGACAGCAAGUGACCAGGCGACCACUGCCCGCAUCAGAGAUACCUUGCGUAGAGUCCUUAACCUGCCCCCCAACACCAUCAUGGAGUACAAGACACACACAGACAGCAUUAAGUAUGUAUGUCUCUUCGUUUUGUUUAUUUUUCCCUUCCUCUAUCUUUCUCUCAUAGAAAUAUAUGCAUGAUCACACAAAUUUAGAAUUAUGUCACUUGUGAAAAUUUGUAAGGUUAACUAUCAUGUUGAAGUGUUGUUUGAAAAUGCAAAUCCCUUUUUGAAACACAACUUUUUUCAUUACAGUUUCUAGUCAAAGUUAUAGUCAUGUUUUUUUCCUAUUUGUCAUCAAAACAAAAAGUAAAAUAGAAAUGAAAGUUCCUUUUCCUCAAGUGUAAAAAGCCAUGUUUUUGGGGGAAAUACAGUUGUGUUAUAAAAAUCUUUCCCAUUGAAUGAAAAAUCAAAUCUGUGCCCAUGUUUAACAAGUUUUUAUGGUGUUUUGUUUCCCCCAUUGAAAAGGCUGAGGUAUCUGAAAAAAUUAGUUUAUUUUACUGUGAAAUACUGCGUCCUUCUUUGUUCGCAGAGCCUGGGAAGACUUCCAUGGUCUGGUGAAUGCUAGCGGCGGACGUUAGCCCCUUGCACAGAGAAGCUUUGCGAAAGUAAGAACUGUUGCUACAUUAGCUUGCAAAUUAAUUUUGCUUCGGUCCUUCAUCAGAUACUAAUGUUAUUUGUCUCUGCUCAUGGUGCUUAGGUGUGUGUAAACGUGAUGUGCCAGGGUCUGACGUAUCCAGGAAAGGAUACCUCUGUGUGGACUGGCACUGUGUAACAUGAUGACAGGAUCAGAAGACCAUUCGUCCUCUGUGUGAAAUUGGAAAAAAACUGAAGAAGCCUGUCAACAGAACACUGAACCAAGCCGAAGACAGAAACAUGCGUUACUUUUAAUCAACCAGAGAUGGACAAAGCCUCAAAUUUUCAUUUUAUUUUAUUUUUAAUGCAAGUUUGUAACAUACUGUUACCUGGCCGCCCAGAGGGGGUCACGUGGCUGGUGUUUGCUCAUCUGGUCAUUAGCUGUUAACAAAGAGUACUUGACAAAAAUUCAACUCUCUGCUAUAAAACUAGUUUUCAUUGCUUAACAAAAAACAAAAAAAUCUCACUUUCUGCUGUUGAAACGUGUUUGUGUUUAUCUGUUUCAUUGGGACUCAAACAGGGUUGCAGGUAGAUGGUAUUUUAUUACAGUGCUGUAUUUUAACUACAGUUUCUCUGGACAUUUCCAACUAGAAAGAUUACUAUUAUUGUGUAUGAUAUAUUUGUAAAUACAGACCACUUCAAAGAUCACUCAUCUGAAUCAACUGUGAUUCUCCAUCUUUGACCUGGAAUUUGAAUUCCAAAGGAUGAAGAUCAUCCUGUGUUGUGCAGAGGGUUUUUUGGAAUCGGCAUCUUCAGAAUGGACUGCCAAGCUGCCUAAAUCACUGUGCCUGGCCAAGAGCCUGACCCCAACCAGUUUUUCCUCUUCGUUGUAUCUUUAUCUCCUAACUUUGAAGCAUCCAGUAGAUGGGCUUUUCUUUUAAUGUUUUCAAUGAAGCUGUACAGAAGUCCUGAAACACUGACCUUCACUCCUUUUCCAUUUUUCAGAAAUGAAACUGGGUUCAGGGUCAGGCUCUGUUACAGUUUUUACCAAUUCCUCGGAGCAUUUUUUUGGAACCAAAUUGAGAGAGAAUACAUAGUUUGAAAAACUGUAAUGCUACCCCUAUUUUAAGGUGUGGCGAUGGGUGCAGGUGUAUGAAAAGAAGCAACAUUGCUGGAUGUACACCUGAUGGAUUAUAGCAAUAAAUGUCAAAUAUGCAUCUGCUGCUAAA